CAUGUCUUUCUAGCACCAGGCAAAGGCGUAUUUUAUUUCCCCAGGCAUUGCAGCACCUAGCGUGAGCUUCUGGCUGGUAGUCUAAUCUGCUUUGCUCAAUUUUAGUUGCUAUUCUGUUUUGUAUUUGGCACUAACCAUUGUAGACUGCCCUGACGUUUCUGGUUGGAGGUGUCCUUAACAUCUUUUGAAUAAAGCAAAGCUUAAAUUUUGGACAAAUUCUGGCCAAAGUAAGUUUUCUUGAAAUGCGCAAAUAGCCCAUACAAAUGAUAAAAAUAUGGCAACCCAUCAUUUAGGAUUACAGGCAGUGUCCUGAUUUAUUGGUUGCCUGGCUUUCCUGUCUUCUUCAGCCAGACCUGACUUUUGGGUGGCAUCAUUUGUGCAUGAAACCAGGAACAGGAGAGUGGCUUCCACCCACCCGUAUAUUGGCGUAAUAACCACGGCUUGAGUUGUUGGUAAUUACGGACUGAUUCAUACAUAAGUGUACAUCAGUUAAUGUAUCAUCCACUUGAUGACUCGCAGCCAUGGAUGUGAACCACCCCCGUUGAAAAGCAUUGUGCUCGAAGUGAAGCUGUGCUUAAUCUAGAAUGGCUGUUUCACGCAUAUACAUCAUCACUUGACCUUGUGCCCAAGUGUGAAUUGCCCCUCUCCCCCCACUAAAUAAAUUGCCCCCCCUUUUCAAAGAAAAUGGGUGGAUUUGAGAGAAAUGCUUCUGUUUUAUCUUUCCAAGACCAUCGUCUACAUACUGGAUGUGACUGGUUAGGAUUAAGUUGUGUGUAUAAAUGAAUCCAAUCUUGCUAAUAGACUUGCUUAAAAUGUAUUUACUGUAGUAAGGCUCUACUGAUUGGAAUAUGUAUGACUGCCAGAUAGUGUUUCUUUAUUUAUUUUUACUUUCUAGACUGAUGUUCUGACUUAAUUCUUAGCUUGCUCUGUAUUUUGUUUCAAUAAUUUUGAUUCUGGAUUUUUAUUGAUAUGUAUUUUCAUUUUAUUUGUAUUCUAGUCUUGAUUUUCCGUUUUUGUUACUUUGUAAGCCACUCAGAGUCUUUUAGAAAUAUUAUACAAUCUGUAAAUUGGAUGGCAGGAUGAAUGAAUGAAUGAAUGAAUGAAUAAAUAAAUAAAUAAAUAAAUAAUAUGCUGUCUUUCUGCCACAGAAAUCAGGGCAUUGUGCAAUAUAAAAUGAUGUCUUUGCAAUCCAAGGGACAUGUCAGAUGAAAGGGAAAAGGUCUUGGAAGGGAAGAGGCAAAAUAAGCAAAUGUAGGUUCCCAAAACAUCUAUCCUGCUAUAUAAUGACGUGACAUGACGACCUGUGGAAUGGCUGCUGAUGAAGGCAGUUCUGGGAAGGGAGGAGACAAAUGGCAGAUCGACCCAGGCAGGCUUCUGCAGAGGGCCUCAGUGUCUCACCUGUCACUCAGAUGGUUGAAGAUGACGCAAGUUCUGGGAGGGGAGGAGUUACCGUACCUGGCAAUUGGUCUUCACCAGGCUGAGGCAAGGGGCUGUACUGUCUCGCCUGUUCCUCUGAUUUUGGGGAGGGGGGAAUCCCUGAUGCCAUCAGGUGGGCCUGAAAAGGAAACCAGAGACCAACCAUUUCAUCUGGAGAAUAGCUGGCAUCUGACAGAUAUGAAAUAAAGCUGAAGCCAAGCUCUUCCAUCCCACUGAAGACCAAACGUUCCUCUCAGGAAGAGCAAUUUGCUUUGUAGACAUAUUUUGCCUCAAGCCAGAAACCAUAGACUGCCUGUCCCUGCUGAAAACAAGAGGACUUCUUUUCUGAUGAGUCAGCAGGGGGCAUUAUCUAGUUGCAGGUAGCUUGCUUGAACUUGCCUUCUGCUACUAGGGGUGGGGGAUUUUGUUGUUAGUUUUCUGGACCCUUGGCGAGUCGCCUGAAGCCUAUAUCCGAUGCUUGUUGGGGGAAAGACUCUUUUUGUCGCUUAUUGUGCAACAGGGGCAAUAAUUCAUUUUCUCUCCCUCUUGCCCCUUUUUAAAAAAUCACGGUCUUGCCUUCCUGGAGAUUUGUUCUUGGCCAAGAUGUGAAAUGGCACAUGUUUAGUUUUGGUCAUGAGUAUCUUUGACAAUGCAGCACAAGCUAUGAGGCAGAGUUGGGGCACCUCAGACCCUGGAGUGCAAAUGUGGCCCUCCAGGCUUCAUUACCUGGCCCUUCACAGGCCAUGCCACUCUCUGGCCCUGCUUCACACCCCAGUUGUUUAUGCCUGGUCAGAAAGUCUCUUUGAAUGCUUCAGGCUUGUCUGGAUGGGAGGACAGAGGGUGUGUAGAAACUGGUUUCCUGUAGAAAGGUAAAAUUUGCAUGCAUUGCUCUUCCCAAUUCUGCCUCUGGCCCCACCCAGCAUUGGCAUGUUUGCCCAGGAGGAAAUGAGGGCUGGAAAAGUUUCCCCACUCCUGCUCUAGGGUGAUCUGAAGAUGGAAACACGGAGCAGAAUUAAUUCUGAUUUUGAUGGCUAGUAGGUGCUGGUCAUCUUCCCAAGGAACUUAAUGAAACAACUAGAAGAAUAAAGAGUUAUAAAAAAUCCAUUUUCUCGCUCCCAUCUGGAAAAAAACAACUGAAAGCAGGGGGGUGGAACAAACAUGGCGGACUAUUCAGCUUAUAAAGAGACGUCAAAUCGUCACUUACGUUUCAAGCUCCAGAGUCUCGGCCGCCGUCUGGAUGAAUUAGAGGAAGCGACAAAAAACCUACAGAAAGCUGAGGAUGAGUUGCUGGACUUGCAGGACAAAGUUAUCCAGGCAGAAGGCAGCAACUCGAGCAUGCUGGCCGAUGUGGAAGUUUUGCGCAAAAGAGUUUUGAAAAUUGAAGGGAAGGAUGAGGAGAUCAGGAAAGCGGAAGAGCUUUGCCAGCUGAUGAAGGAGAAACUGGAGGAGGAGGAAAGUCUCACGCGGGAGCUGAAAUCGGAAAUUGAGCGGCUUCAGAAACGAAUGGCGGAGCUGGAGAAGCUGGAGGAAGCUUUUGGCAGAAGUAAGAAUGACUGUACUCAGCUCUGCCUCAGCCUCAACGAGGAGAAAAACUUGACGACGAAAAUCUCGACGGAACUGGAAGUUCUUAGGGCAAAAGUAAAAGAACUUGAGCAAUCUGAAGACAGGCUGGAUAAAACUGAGCAAAGCUUAGUGAGUGAACUGGAAAAGCUCAAGUCGCUAGCUCUCACGUUUGUUAACGAAAAGAAACACUUCACCGAGAAGGAGAAGCAGAAUGAGAAAAUAAUACAAGAGCUGACACAAAAGCUUGAGCAAAAUAAUAAACUGAACCGGGCAGAUCAAACGCGAAACACAUCUAACCUGCUGGAAAGAUCAUCCAAUAGUAUUCUUGACAGAAAUGACCUGAGGAUUGAAGUUGACUUGACAACUUCGGCGCUGUCCUCGAAGGAAACGAGGAGAAAAGGGAGUUUGGAGUACCUAAAACUUGUGGAAAAUGAAACUCGGAACAAAUCAGAAAAUCAGAAGAAUAAGAAUCAAGAAGACAACAAAGUGAAGGACCUCAACCAAGAAAUUGAGAAGCUAAAGACUCAAAUCAAACACUUUGAGUCUUUAGAAGAGGAGCUCAAAACCCUGAGAGCAAAGAAUAAUGACCUGCAUGACAGCUACUUGAGCGAGCAAAACAAAAAUAAGCUCCUCAUAGGCCAACUUGAAGAAAUAAAAACGCAGAUGAAGAAGCAGAAAGAGCUGGAGAAUGGUGAGGCAGAAACAGAGGAAAUUAACUUACCUAGCCGAGUGAAGCACGACAGACCCAAACACAGAGCUGUCACAGCCGAGUCAGCCAUUUCUAAGCAUAAGUCCCGGGAACUUUCUCCUCAGCACAGGCGGGAGAGAAUACGCAACCGAGAAUUCUCAUUUAAUAGCGAGAGCCAAGGCGGCAAGAGGGUCACAAGCCCUAACCUGAAUAGCAGGAGAGCAGCCAAAGCAUCGAGCACAUCAGCGUUAUUGGACACCUUAGCAACUGAUGCUAAACGGGCAGAGGACAAAUCCACGCUGGGCAUGCACUUUUCCUCGCAGAAAGACAGUGGAAACCCACCGGCUGAAGUAAAAAAAUCUAGAGAGCAGCCAUCUGUGCUUAGUCGUUACCCACCUGCAGCACAAGAGCACAAGUCUUGGAAAGCCUCUUCGAAACCCAAGAACGAGAGUGCGUUGAGGAGCAAAGCGGAAAAAACCUCUCAAUCACCAAACGACACUCAUCACUGUAAGUCUGAUGAACUUGAAGAGAAGCCCAGCAAAACAGAAACCUCCAUAUCGCCUUCUGAAAAGGGAAUUAAGACGCACGUUGCAGAACAACCUGCUCUUUCGACAGAGACUCGCAUCUCGAAAACUAACCGGGGGGCCUCCAAUGGAGCUGCUUUGUCCUAUAGGCAUUAUCUCUCUACGGAGACGUUAGCUGCCGAACCUACCAGCUCAAAGAUGGAAACCGCUUUGGUCUCAUCUCGCAGGCAGCACUUGGAAGAGAGCUCUCCGAAGGCAAUAAACUCCCAGGAAAGAGAACCUCUGCACGAAAGGGUAAAGCCCUCACCUUUAGCAAAGUCUUGGCUCAUUUCAAGAAGUCAGGAAGAUCUCUUGCAGAGUCCCUCAGAUCCUCGGAAGGAAGAAAUGGAUCAGACCGCUGCCUUUGCCGCAAACUCUAACAAUGGGGGCCUAAAACCCACUUCUGCAAGGGCCAGAGCUAUCAACACCAACAGCCAUGAAAAAUUCAGCACCAAUGAAGAGACAAGUAAAAUGGCAACCGCUUCUGCUACUGCUGACGUAGGGUUGAAAAGGGAACCACCUGCAUCUAGAGAGUUCGCAAGCUCCAAGAGGGGUAUUCGAACGUCUCCUUUUGAAAACGAUAAAAAUGCUAGCGGCGAGGAAGAGCUCAGCAGGUCCUCCAGGGUGUCUUCAGCCCUUACAGGGUCGAAAUCGAGAAGGCAGUUCAGUCCCAGAGAAGCACUGAGGUCUAAAGCCGUCAUCAAGCCUGCGAUUGUGGAAAAGGACGUGAAGGAAAUCAUGGGUGGUACAGGGCCAGAAGCCACCUGUGAAAAGCAGCAGCCUGUCUUUAAGACGGUGUCACACAAAAUGACAAGCAGCAUCACCAUUUACCCAUCUGAGCCUGUGACUCAAAGGACCAGCGCGAGCGAUGCCGCAAAAGAGCAGCAGCACAUACCUGCCAGCAACAUUCGAGUGCUUCCGAACGAGCUUUCACUGGGGACAAACGCGGCCAGCACACCUUAUGAGAUACCGAUUAGCAAGAGCAAUAUAACCCAGAAGUCACCCGAGGCUGAGAAGAACGGGGGCAGGGUGGAAACGGUCGUCUCGAAAAGCAGCAUCACGAUAAAACCUUCUGAAUUCGGCGAGAAGAACAGCGAACCGCCCGUGGAGACAAUCAACUGGAAGAGCCACGGUGCUUCAGAGGCCAACUCAUUUGACACCAAACAUGUCACAGUGAGAAGCGCGUGGCGGACGCGACGGGGCUUGCAAUCUUCGGAGGACUCUGCGACAAAGGCGGUUGAAAAUGCAGCCCCUCGAAAUCCAUAUAGGUCAUCUACGGACCCCCACAAACCAGAAGGGACUAGUGCGCGCAUAUAUGCAAUUGAGCAGAAUUCCAGAAGGGCCAGCGCUGGUAUAAACUCUUGGAAUGCUCCGGAAUUAGACUCUAGAAGGACCAAAAGUAGCUUAACUGCAUCCGAGAUGCUUGGCCAGAGGAGCUGCAUUAGUGAUCCUGCGACUGCUUCCCCUUGGAGCUGCACAGUGUUACCGGAGGAAAACAAAGAUUUUGUUCCAAGUUCCAGAAGAAAACCGUUUGGCUCCUCUGAGCAGCUUGCCCGGGCUGAGACACCGAGGAAGAGGCCAGACGCCAGGCUGGAGGCGACACGCCAGCUGUCGGACAGCAAGGCUGAGGAGCGGAGGCAUUGGACCAAAGGCUACUCAGAAGACAACUGAGCCUGUUGAUGUUGAGGGUCUUUCCCCCUUCAGUUGCAUGACCUCCAGAAGCUGAGCUUCAUUCUUCAUCCCUACACUGGUCUCUUCCCUGCAGCCAGUCCAACACAGGGACAUGUACAGUGCCUGACUUUUAACCCCUUCAGUGCUCAAGGUCCUUUCUGCCCACUAGCCUUGGGUGGAUUUUAUUUUUUUAAAAGGUGGCUUUGUGUUUUCCUUCUCCUCCCUGGAGGAGGCCGCAGACACUUCGCUCAGGGGAAUCCCACUCUGCAGUCUUAUUGAGCUUGAAUCAAUGGUAACCCAUGGCUGGUGAACGGCUCUGCAUCUCUCUAAGAGGUACCCAAUAACUUUGGAUCAGGUUGGACAAACCUUUGAGGCGAACAGCCUUGACCUCUGCCAUCUGCUGUGCUUUUUCCUGGGGAAGCAAGAGGUGUUUUUUGUGUGUGCAGGUCGGUGUUGGUAACCACUGCAAAGCGAGAACCGCCCCAGACACACCCGUUUGCCGGAUCUCAAGAGCCCAGAACGGCAUGUUGAGAAUUUCCAUUCCUCGCCGGAUUUUUGCUGUUCCAUCUUCUGAAAGAAGUUUACAUUACAAAGAAGCUGGUUUCCGCGUGCCACAAGUACUCUCUGAGAUGCCGCUCCGGAAAGGAUGAUGCGGGGAGGGGAAUGACACAGUUCCAGGAACCCCACUCCAAGGCCAUUGCUCCCCAUCAGCCAUAGCUCUCUCGCAGCAUACCUGCACUGCAGUGGCUUGGCCGCUUGCAAGGAACGUCUGCCUGAGCCCGACACAUAAGCAAUAAGCGUGACAUCCAAGAUUUUCGCCCAUCUCCCGCUCUGCAGGCUGCGUGCUGAGGAAGCAGUCCCUUCCCUCCCCGAGCGCUUGAGUUCUUGUCUUCAUUCCUUGCCCGCAAGCCUCGCAGGAUCCAAACUCUGGCUGGAGUCAAACCAGGCGGAGCAAGAAACCUCGCCGACACCCUGAGCCCCAUGUCAUCCCAGCCAAAGGAGGCGGAGUGCUCCGUGGGGCCUUGCUUGCUUGGAAGAGCCUUUGGCGCAUUACUUGAACUAACAGCCUGAGGCCUCAAUGUGGGCUGCACCACACCUCAGGACUGGGGCAGCCACUGGGCUUUUGGCACAACCUGCUCAGAGAAGUGGGGAAGAAGAGGCUCUUUUUUUCAGCACCUCAACAUAUCCGCGGGGGGGGGGGGAUGUUAUUCCUUUAUUUCUGCUACCUCACUCUUCACUUGCAUGGGUAAAGCAACCAGCGGAGACUCAUCCAGAGACACAGCGAUUGCCCUCUUCUGCACCCGAGUCAGCACGUUGGACUCCACCAGUGCCACGGCAGCUGCUCACCUUGGCCUAGUCUUCUCAGUCUUCCCCCAUGCAUUUGGCACAUAAGGCUUAGAUGCUGCUGUAACGUAAGUGUUUUAUACCCACCGCCCCUGCCGGGCUUUUCUAGGUAUCCAUUUGGUGGCAGGUCGGACAGCACUGUUCCCUCGAGGAACAGUCCCCCCGCCACUCUCCCUCCAAGCAGAGGUAAUCCAUUCAGACUUAAGAAGGAGGCAGCUCAGUUUCAAUCCCCAUGAACAGGAAUUGGGAACAAAACAAUGUUUUAAAAGUUAGGUAAAGAGUUUAAUGUGCAUUAGCAAUGCAUCGCCACAUGGGUUUGGUGCAUAAAGCGCAUUCAUUCUGCACGGAGUUUACACAUGCACAGUUAGGUGAGGCCUACAACUCUAUUGGAAAGCCAAGAGCAUCGGGCUAGGCUUCCAGGGGUUCAGAUGAAAAACCUGGCUUAGAAAAAAAACACCCAUAAUUUACUUCUUUACCUUUUUUUAAAAAAAAAUUGUGAGCCUUUAGAAAUAACUGAGGUUUGCUGUGGUUCCUAUUCUUUACCCAACAGUUUUUAAUUCAGCCAAAUGUUUUUU